AUGAACAAGAUAUUUGUUUUUUUUGUUAUUUGUUUUUUUAAAAUAUGGAGAGAAACUGCUGAAUGUUCUAAAUACCCCAAAAGAAAAAAACAUGGAACUGGUAUGAAAGAAAAUUAUUUAAAAGACGAGCAUUUAAAUAAUUACAGCUUCAUGAUGGUUAAGCCAAAUGACGAAAAGGUUAUGAAUGAGAACGCAAAGAAUAUCAAUAUGAAUAACAAUAUGAAUAACAAUAUGAAUAAUAAUGUGAAUAAUAAUAAUAAUGACAAUAAUAAUAAUAAUGACAAUAAUAAUAAUAAUGACAAUAAUAAUAAUAAUGACAAUAAUAAUAAUAAUGACAAUAAUAACAACGACAAUAAUAAUCGUAAUGAUAACAAUAAUAACAAUAAUAAUAAUGAAGAAAAAAAAAACAAUGUCCCACCCGAAAAAAAAAUUAAUAAAGAAAAUUUAUUAGAAUAUGGAACACAUGACAAAAAUGGGCAUUUCAUUCCUUCUUACAAAACAUUAACAGAUGAAAUAUUAUCGACAAGCAAUGCAUUGGAACGAGCUUCAAAUUACCUAAAAAUCACAUGUUCUCAUCUCAUGAAAAUUCUUGAAUUUAUUCCAGACUCUAAGAUAUCAACACAAUAUAUAAAAGUUGAUAAUAAAAAUGUCUACUUAAAAGAUAUUAAUACUGAAUGUCAGGAUAUUUUCUUUAGUUUAGAAAAAUUAACUAUGACCACAAUUGUUCUUAAUUCAAAAAUCAAUAAGUUGGUAUAUGUUCAGGAUUCUUAA